GUGCGCCCACGUGACCGAGCCCGGCCGAGCAAGCGCGGCGAGGAGCCCCCAGCGGCUUGGCGGAGGCGCUCCGUUUCCCCCGCCGAGCGGAGCAGCGCCGCUAGAAGAUUAUGGCACAGGCUCAAGGUUUUGGGAGAAGAUACCUUAAAGCCUUCUUUAAAGGUUUCUUUGUUGCUGUUCCUGUAACUGUGACCUUCCUGGAUAGAGUUGCCUGUGUAGCCAGAGUGGAAGGAGCAUCAAUGCAGCCUUCCUUGAAUCCUGGGGGAAGACAAGCAUCUGAUGUAGUGCUCUUGAACCAUUGGAGCAUUCGAAAUUAUGAUGUGCAACGUGGGGACAUUGUGUCAUUGGUGUCUCCUAGAAACCCUGAACAGAAGAUCAUUAAACGAGUGAUUGCUCUUGAAGGAGACAUUAUCAAAACUAUUGGAUACAAAAAGAAGUACGUGAAAGUUCCACAUGGGCAUAUUUGGGUGGAAGGUGAUCACCAUGGACACAGCUUUGAUAGCAAUGCGUUUGGCCCUGUUUCUCUUGGACUUCUACAUGCUCGUGCCACUCAUAUCCUCUGGCCUCCAAAACGCUGGCAGAAGUUACAACCAAUGCUACCUCCAGAACGCAAACCUCUCCAGAGAGAGCAAUAAUGAGCUAAACAUUUAGAUGAAAAAAACAAGGGGUGAAGCAAGAAAUGCCAUGGUUUUAUCAUCAUCUGUAAAAGCUUUGCCAAGUGUGCUUUAAUACCCAAUACCAUAUCAGCAAAUAAAUGCAAUAUCUUCAUGUUAAAUUGCCACCUUUAGUGUGAAGUGUUUGUUUCUUUGCUUUUUAAUCUCAAACAGUUGUGCAUUGUGCAUAUUUGGAUUGAAAUAGUUACACAUUUCUUGUAGGUUUGAAUGUUCCAUCUACACUGUUUGUGUUAUUAUGUCUGUACCUGUGCUUCUCUGGAUAAGAAAUUAUUAAAAACUUCAAUAAAAUAUUUUAAUCUUU